AUGCGAGAUGUGGAGUGUGGCUUGAAGGGUGACAAGCGUCUCGUUCCGAACGAUAUCGUCGCCUCAAAUACCAAAACCCAGAAAAAGCGCAGAUCCACGCUGAGCGCUGCAUCUAGCCCAGAAGUCUGUCUACGAACAGUACGCGAAGGAGCAACCGAACAGGAUCCAAGGUCUCCAACCAACAGCAGAACGCAGCAAACUUUGGAGCGCCUUUACAAAGCCAUCAUCGAAGGAUAUGAUGUGCCCCAGAUCCCGAGUGUUGGCGCACAGCGCUUCGCAAUCCUGCCUUGUGGCGACAUCACACGACAUGCUGCGACUGUUCCAUGUCGUCCUUAG